UAUGCUCAAAUAGAGUGAUACUCCGAUAAAGAGGAAAGGAACGAGUUUGUAUUAUACAACUUUUUAAGGUAAUUUGUGAAUAGUUUGGCACCUUGUCUCCGUUAGUAGAAGUCGAAAUCUGUCGAGGAAAAGAAGGAGAUAAUUCGCGCACCGAAAAUGACUGCAGUUUUGCGCGUAAAACGUAAAAACACCGACACCCCACUCGAUUGGUUGGUGAUCGCGUGCAAACGAGCGAGAACCGGAUCGCCUCUCCUCGAUGAAAGCUUGCCCGCCGUCCAAACGGUCGUCCAAUUUGCCGGGACCCUCACAGAUCCGACUGAGGAUGUUACGCAGCAUGUCGCUAAAGUUAUGCCCAAGAUAGCCACAGAAGUUGGUGUCAAGCGGACAUGUGACAGCAGUUAUCCUGCAAAUAUUUCAAACAAGAAAUGGAUAGGAGGGGAUUCUGUCAUAGAAAGGUACAAAGUUGUUAAUUGCCAGCGUUCACAGGAUACAUUAAAUGAAGAAAAAUCCGAGGAAAAAUGGAUGACACUCAUAGAUGUGGAGGAUUCCUGGAGCGUUUCUGGUACAGCAAAGGAAAAUGCAAAAAAAUCUGAGGAUAUUGAAGAUUUUGUGUUUGAUUUAUAUUGUGGACAAACCGAGGAUAAUGUAUGGUUUGAGAACAAUGAAAUAAUGGUACAGGAACCAGUAUACCCAUGUUUAGUUUCUGAUGAUGACAAAAGCGAAGACUCUUCGGAGGACUCAAAUGCAGAAUCCAAUUGGAGAAAUGAUUAUCCUGAUAGUGAUCCAGAUCGUUCCAGAGAUGAAGAUGAAGAUUAUAAUUCCGAUUAUUCCAAUGAUGAUCACUUCCACAAUGAUCCUAGAGAAGAAGAAGAUAAACAGAUAUAUGGGCGCAGUUACGCUGAAUAUAGAAAAAUGAUACAGCUGGCUAAUUUUAAUGAUAAUUCCAGCAGUUCAUCAGACGACGAAGGAAGAUCGUCAAAUUAUUCGAGUGAUGAAUCGAUGGGAAUAUUGUAAAAAUAUUAACUUUAGUUUCAAAGAGCGUAUAUAUACAUGUU